AGUAGACUCUGAUCUGUAUGUCUAUAGACAACAUAAGUAUUGGUCACUCCUGAAAGCAACAUACAUAUAUGUAAAACCUGAAAGAUUAGCUUAAAGGGAUUUAUAAGAAACCCAUCCGGAAUGUGCGACGAAAGUUUGAUCCGGGACUGUGAGCCCACCACCUUGCGGCUUCCCUUUAACACCUAUCACAUCCACUUGCCGCUUUAUAUUUUAGACAUGGUUCGCAUAUUUCAGGAUCAUCCCAAGUACAACGGUGGCAUCCAGGAGGAGCAUAUCCUAGAUAUGUUGGAAAAAGAACCCUUUGCCUGUGGCGAUCUGGAGUCGCAGGUGAAGACUGCCUUGCUCGAUCUCACGGCCAAAGGAUUUGUACGCUUUAUUAACAAUGGAUACCGCACUUUGGGACCCAUUGCCAAGCUGGCCAAUGCCCGAUCCGUACGCCACUUCAAUAUGACAUGGCAGCGCAUCGCGGAACUGCAGAAGGUUAACUGCCAGCCCAUUCUGGAACAAGGAUCCACUUCCAGUGGCCAUGGCACCCAGCGUGGAUCCAACUUCUAAAAUAAGGCUUUUGUUUUCGUUACGUUUUUUUAGUUCACAAGUUUGUGUCCGAACAAAGCCCAUACACCAUCUCCUCAUCCCUAAGCAGCACCCACUCUCCAACUCGAAAUUGUAGGCGUCUAGUAAUAAAAAUUCCAGCAAAUCCGA